AUGGAGUUUCACAAACUGGGCACAGCUGAGUCCAACGCUGGAGCUGUAGCUCCCGAAUCGCGUCCCCAAUCGAAGAACGCUGUUUCCAAGUCCUCCGGCGCGACUAAGGACCGUCACACUAAGGUUUACGGGAGAGGCCGUCGCGUUCGGAUGCCAGCUCUCGCCGCCGCUCGGAUUUUUCAGCUGACGCGUGAGCUCGGUCACCGAUCCGACGGAGAAACCUUAGAGUGGCUUCUCAGCCAAGCCGAACCGUCGAUUAUUGCCGCCACAGGCACCGGGACUAAUCCUUCCGAGCCGAUUUCCUCGUCCGUUGGUGUUUCGCCGGUUGAUUCCUCGCCGCAGAUGAUGUUCGCAAUGGUUGCGCCGCAAACGCAAACGCAACCGCAGUUACAAUCGCAGCAACCGGCGAGCUGCUGGCUGGAUCUAUGUCAGCCAAUCGGGAUUCAAUAUCCCGUGAACGUUUACAAUCACAUGCCGUUCACGGCGAUGCUUUUACAGCCGAUGAACACUACUCCGGCAGAAUUGGCGGAGCCUAACGUUGAGAUCGCGGAUGAUGAGAGGAGACAGAGGGAGGCGUUGGAGGACCGCAAACGCGAUCACGACCAGUCAGAUUAA